AUGUCCAACGUUAAUUUGUCUCCGUUGGAAAAAGCAGCCAUUGGAUCACUCGCCUCAGUGGUCGCCAACACCGUGGUGUAUCCAUUGGACAUCACCAAGACAUUGAUCCAGUCGCAACAGAACUUGAAGGCCUACACCCUCAAAGAGAUCAAGGAAAACCCCAAUUUGUACGCCGACAGCAUCGACUGUCUAAAGAAAUUGUUUGUCAAACACGGGCUUCACGGGUGGUACUUUGGCAUUGUCCCCUCGCUUUGCUCGACCGCCGCCCUGAAUUUCGCUUAUUUCUUCUGGUACGCUAUUGUCCACAAGAUUUAUGAAACUCGGAAUCCUAAGAAUAAGGUGAAGUCCACGCUUGUCGAGUUAUCUCUCGGAGCGGUGGCCGCGGCGUUGUCCCAGGUCUUCAUCAUGCCAGUAUCGACGAUUUCCACAAAGCAGCAAACCGAGAUCAGCGAGGAUGGUAAAGAUAACCCAAGUUUUUUGGACACCGCUAGGAAAAUCGUCGGCCGUGAUGGGAUCACUGGGUUAUGGAGCGGUCUUAAAGUCAGUUUGGUGCUUACGUCUAAUCCAAGUAUCACUUAUGGGACCUUUGCCAGAUUACGGUCAUUAUUGUUCAAUGGGAAACAAAACUUAUCGGUAGCCCAAUCGUUUUCUCUUGGGGUGCUUUCUAAAUUACUCGCCACCGUGGUCACCAUGCCGUUGAUUCUCAGUAAAGUGAUGAUCCAAAAGAAAACCACCGUGGUAACCGAGAAAAUAGUCGAUCCAACCACUGGGGAAACCAGAUACGUCAAGACCCAAAGAAACUUCAAUACUUUCCAGGAAUGCCUAUGGUACGUGUACAACACCGAUGGGGUGUUAGGGUUAUGGAAAGGAUUGAUGCCGCAAAUCUCCAAAGCGGUGAUUGUUCAAGGGUUCUUGUUCAUGUUCAAGGAGCAGCUUGAGGCGCUUUUCAUUAGACUUAUCAAGCUCAUUCGGUUGAGAAAGAAGGGAAGGGUGGUGGUGUAG